AUGGUCCGCGAGGAUAUCAUACAGUCUGCUGUGUCCUUCCUCCAGGAUCCGUCCGUUGCCAGCGCGCCCCUUGAGAAGCGCAUCGCAUUUCUCCAAUCGAAGAACCUCACGCAAGAAGAAGUCGACGUAUCGCUUGCGCGUGCAGCCGAAGACCCCAGCCUACCUUCAUCUCCUCCACCCCAGACAUCGGCAGUAGCCAGCAAUGCGUACAGACCACCACCUGCAGCCCCAUAUGCGAGCUAUCCUCCUCAAGGAUACUGGCAACCACCUCCGCCACCUCCAGAACCGCCGAAACGCGACUGGCGAGACUACUUCAUCAUGGCGACGGUAAUGGGCGGUGUAGGAUACGGCUUAUACUUUACCGCGAAACGAUACGUCUUACCCCUGAUACAACCGCCUACGCAGCCUCAGCUAGAGCAAGACAAGGCGUCCGUCGACGAACAGUUCAAGCGCGCAUUCGAUCUCCUCGAGCAACUCAACACCGACACAUCCGCUCUCAAGGCAUCGGAAGAGGCAAGGACGACAAGACUCGACGACGCGCUCGGCGAGGUAGAGAGUGUCCUGGCAAGUUUGAAGGAGUCGUCAAAGAGGCAGGGAGACGACAACAGACGUAUCGAGGACGACGUUCGAGGCUUGAGGGACCUGAUCCCCAAGGCAUUGGACUCUCAGAAGGAGUCGACCGACAACAGACUCAAGGAGCUGUCAACCGAGCUGAAGAGCCUGAAGACAUUGAUCGGAAACAGGAUGGGAUCCGGCGCACCACCACCACGCCCGCAAAGCACCUCAAGCCUUUACGGUCAAUCGCAGACGCCCAACACCAACGGCACACCCGCUGCUUCGGCAUCAACACCCCAGCCAUCGUCUACUCCUGCGCCUAGUGAGCAGACAAACGGCACGAGCGCGAGUGAGAGCCAGACAAACGGUAGCACAACACCUGCGCCUAGCUCCAUUCCCACUCCUAGCACAGAGAAGCCCCUCCCUGCGUACGGUAGGCCGUCGCCGGGACGUGCCGCUAUUCCUGCAUGGCAGAUGGCUGCCGCGAAGAAGACCGAGGAGGCCAAGAAGGACACGAGUGAUAGCGGAACUGCGGUAGAUGCCGGCGCAAGUGCGUAG